AUGAGGGCAGCAGGGGGCUACGACACCCCCCAGGGCUCCCUCACGCAGGCCAGCUCCUUCCCGCAUGACCUCCUUGGCCGAGGGUCCCCAGGAGGAUCGGAGGUGGAGGCAUCCUCUCGCUUCAGCGCAUCCAAGUGUCCCCGCAUCCUGCUCAUGGGGUUGAGGAGGAGCGGCAAGACCAGCAUCUUCAAGGUCGUCUUCCACAAGAUGUCUCCUCACGAGACGCUCUUCCUCGAGAGCACCGUAAAGACCGUACAGCACGACGUUGACCACAGCUCCAUCCUCCAGUUCAAGGUCUGGGACUUCGCCGGCUCCGUCACUCCCGAGGAGCUCUCGACCGACGACAGGAGCGUCUUCAUCCCUGCCAGCGCGCUGCUCUUCGUCCUCGACGCGCAGGACGAGCUUGGCCCAGCGCUGUCCAGGCUGAUCGCGACCAUCGAGCGCGCGUACAUGGUGAACAGGAGGAUUUUCUUCGAGAUCUUUGUCCACAAGGUCGACGGCCUGUCGGAGGAGCGCAAGCUCGACCUUCAGCGCGACAUCUCCCACCACGUCACGAAGCAGCUCAACCUGAGGAGGCUUGAGGAGGCGAACGUUGCCUUCUACCUCUCGUCCAUCUACGAUCACUCCAUCUACGAGAACGUCUCCAAGGUGGUCCAGAAGCUCGUGCCUUCCCUCGCCACCCUCGAAAACAUGCUCGAUAUCCUGAUCUCUAACUGCAGAAUUCAGAAGGCCUUCCUCUUCGACGUGCUCACCAAGGUCUACAUCGCCACCGACUCGCAGCCCGUCGACGUUCAAUCCUUCGAGCUCGCGUCUGACAUGCUCGACGUGGUUGUGGACGUCUCGUGUAUCUACGGCCAGGCGGGAGAGGAGUGCGAUGUACUUGCCUUCGACUCGCAAUCUGCUGCCAUCAUAACCCUCAACAAUGAGAUGGUCCUCUACAUGCGCGAAGUCUCCAAGUAUCUCUCGCUGGUCUGCCUGAUGCGAGCAGAGAACCUUGAGCGGCAAGGGCUCAUCGACUACAACGUGCAGGUCCUUAAGCAAGCCUUGCGCGACGUUCUGGCAGGGAAGGGAUGCCGUACUCCGCGCCUUAGUCUGAUCUCCAACCCUGGUAGUAUUUGA